CAAAAAGCCCCUCCCUCCCGACCUGUCCUUUCCCGCAGCCGGAAGCAACAGCGAGGGAGAGAGAGAGAGGGGGUCUGCAGAUCGAUCUUUUCCGGUUCUUGGAGAUACUACAAUAAUCAGGAACGCCUGACGUUGAAGGGGCAUUUUGCUGGAAAGACCCCAAUCGAUGGCGGCGCUAAAGUACCUGGAGACGGCGAGCUCCGACCAGCCGGAGCUUGCCGAAUGGUACAACUCCCUCGCCGAUCUGUACCGGAAGAAGCUGUGGCACCAGCUGACAGUCAAGCUCGAGCAGUUCGUCGCCCUAGCGGUUCUCCAGGCUGGUGAUCGCCUUAUACAGCUGUAUGAGAAUUUCAUAACUGACUUUGAGAUGAAAAUUAAUCUGCUUAAACUUGCACAUUUUGCUGUAAUAGUUUCACGUCAGUAUUCUGAGAAAGAAGCUGCAAUUAGCUACCUUCAGACAGUGAUUGAGAAGCUUCGUAGUACUAGAGAAAUGAGGAUAGAGGAACCAAUUUUGUAUGUGAGGAUGCAGAUAGCUGCAUUUAAGCUUGAACAAGGAGAUCAGAAGGAAUGUAAGAAACUUCUUGACGAAGGGAAGAGCACUUUGGACAGCAUGACUGAUAUCGAUCCUUCAGUUUAUGCAAGCUUUUAUUGGAUUUCAUCGCAGUACCACAAAUCUCGCCAAGAGUUUGCUGAGUUCUAUAAAAGUGCUCUUCUUUAUUUAGCAUACACCACAGUGGAAACACUGUCAGAACCAUUCAAACUGGACUUGGCAUUUGAUCUCUCUCUGGCUGCAUUGCUGGGUGACAACAUUUACAACUUCGGGGAGCUUCUUGCACAUCCCAUUAUAAAAAGUCUUCUUGGAACAAACGUGGAAUGGCUUUACUACAUCUUACAGGCAUUCAAUGCUGGUGAUUUGGCUCGUUACCAAGAACUUUGUCGUGUUCAUGCAGCUGCUCUUAAUGCACAGCCUGCCCUGGUGGCACAUGAAAAGAAGUUGCUUGAGAAGAUUAACAUUCUUUGUCUUAUGGAGAUUAUUUUCAGUCGUCCUUCAGAAGAUAGAACCAUCCCCUUGAGUGUCAUUGCUCAAAGAACGAGACUUUCUAUAGAAGACGUGGAACAUCUACUUAUGAAAAGUCUAUCUGUUCAUCUAAUUGAAGGCAUCAUAGACCAAGUAGAAGGAACCGUGCAUGUCUCCUGGGUGCAACCGCGAGUUCUAGGAAUACAACAGAUCAAGGCACUUCGAGAUCGUCUAGAUGGUUGGUUGGACAAGGUCCACACUGCUUUGUUGUCUGUAGAAGCUGAAACGCCUGACCUGGUGGCAGCUUGAACCAAGGCGUCUGUUUUCCUUGUUUGUAACGAUCUUGAUAUUCAGAUCUAAACUAGGAAAGGAACUUAGUGCAGGUCGACUAUUUCUUUUCUGCUUCCCUUUUUUUGUUUCCUUCCCGGUUCCUCUUGCUCAUUUUUUUUUUUUCGUGUGGAAGGGACGGAAACCUUUCCUACUUAGUAUUUUCGAGGGCUGUAAUUUUUUAAUUCGUAUGCUUAAGCUUACAUGAAUUGCAAUCACCAAAUUACCAUGUUAACUUUAUGCUUA